GACGGUGGCGAAAGCUGUUUUCAAUUAUGUGAAGGAGAACGAGAUGCUGUACACCAUGAGCUACAAUCCCUCCUAUUGCUGGAUCCUCGCUCUGGCACUGGGCCCCUUCUUCACAAAAAGAGACAGGGACCCACAGCGAGUUCCCAAGACCAUCACCCAACUGUACUCCUACUAUAUUUACAACAUCCUGAAAAACCACGGCCGUGAGAUUGAGAACCCCCGUGAUGUGUUACUCAGGGUUGGUCAGAUGGCCUUCAGAGGAGUGUCCGAGAGGAAGAUUGUGUUUACAGAUGGAGAUUUGAUCAAGUUCAAUCUGCAGCCUUCCCAGUUCCUGUCCGGGUUCCUGAUGGAGCUUUUGGAGAGAGAGGAUUCUGCCCGGAGUGUGGUGUACACAUUCCCACACCUCACCAUCCAAGAGUUUGUAGCUGCAGUCGCACAAUUCCUAACUAUACAUCCCGAGGAUAUCCUGAAAUUCCUCACUGAAGCUCACAACACGACAGAUGGGCGAUUCGAAAUAAUUCUCCGUUUUGUUGCUGGUCUGUCCUCCCCAAUGUCAUCUCGGGGCCUGGAGGAGUUUCUGGGCCCAUUCCCUCAUGAAACAACCUGCCGGGUGAUUGACUGGGUGAAGGAGGAGUUUAAACUCCGGAGUGGAAACACAGAGAGUGAAGCUGGUAAAAGGAGCCUCCUGAACACAUUGCACUAUCUGUUUGAGUCUCAGAAUCGUGGACUGGCUCAGGCCGCACUGGGAUCUGUGGAAACACUUUCAUUCAGUGAAAUGGCACUGACCCCGAUUGACUGCGCGGUCCUGUCUCAAUUCAUCGGACUCUGUGAUACAAUAAAACACCUCAACCUGCAGGGCUGCCACAUUCAGUGUGAAGGAAUCCAGCGGCUGGGACCCGGGCUGCACAAGUGCCAGGAGUUGAGCUUUGGGAAUAAUAAACUGGGAGAUUCCGGAGUGAAACUGGUGUCUGUGGCUCUGAGGAACCCAGAGUGUAAAAUACAGAAACUGCGGCUGAACGAUGUCGGUCUCACAGAUUCUGGUGCCGAGGAUCUCGUCUCCGCUCUCAGUACAAACCCAUCACUAACGAUGCUGAAUCUGAGAUGGAACUGGCUGACAGACCGAUCUGUCCCCGCUCUCUGCCGCCUCAUAGUGACACACCCCAGACUGGAGUGGAUCGAGCUGGGGGAGAAUCAGUUCAGUGGGACCAGGAAGAAGCAAUUGAGAUCUCUGCAGGAAAACAGACCCGGACUAACAGUGAUCGUGUGA